GAUUAUAGUACACUGGCAACGUCUUGCAAACUCAAAGGCAGUGUAUAAUUUGUGUUUGCUUCUUCUCAGACAUAUAGUAAUGGAUUUCCUACUGGAUCAAGUCCAUCGUUUCUUGACUAGAAUUGGACACAGAACAGAUCUUGGUAAUACUACACUGUCGACUAUACUCGAUGCAUCCUACUCAGACUUUAAUCUGGAAUCGAAGCUAACAGCAGACGACUACAUCGAAUAUACGGCGACAGCGUUAGGACUAUCAACAGCUGCUUUCAUGACUGUACUGUGUUUUAGAUAUAUUUUGGACAAGUUGCCGAAAGCCAACAUUCCAGAAAUUGAAGACGAGCCGACUGAAGAAAAAAAUACAGAUCAAAAUCUUUCAAUGAUACAAGAACCAAAACCUGAACGGCCAACACUUAAAGUAAUAAAGAUUUUAAAUCUGUCGGGCAACGAACUUAGAAAUUUUGAGAAUGAAGCUGAACUUACAAGUUUUUACUGUUGGCGUGAGAGUUUACCUCCUCCACUGGUCCCAGACGAGAUAGAGUCUGAUGGCUCCGGUGAAAUAGAGGAAGAACCAGAAGAGCCGACAAAUUAUACAAGAAACCAUGAACCGAUUAACUAUACAAGAAACGAAGAUACGACAAACUAUACAAGAAACGAUGAACCGACAAACUACACAAGAAGCGAAGAACCCACAAACUAUACAAGAAGUGAUGUUGUUCAAGAUGAUCCUACUUUUGACAAACUUUACCGUCAACAUUCUUAUUUACCUCCAUUCGUUAAAAAUCAUGCUGCUAUAGAAAGAUACACCGAAACAUUGCUUGCUGGGCUUGAAAGAGAUAAAGAUAAUCUGGCAAUUCAAUAUACACCAGACUCGUUAACAUUCAACAAGUUGACACGGCUGUUACAUAAUGAUGUGGUACCAUUUGACAUUUCACCAGAGAGCGUUACAGAAGUUGUUGUCAGAAAUAAACGUCUUGGAAACGAGGAAUUGUUGGAUAUUCUUUGCAGAAUUUAUGAUCUGUGCAUAUCAAAUAAGAUAGCAGAAUGGUCUCUGCAUUACAGAAAAAGCGUCCAACCAUACUUCAGAAACAGACAUUACAGAAAACAAUUUCAAACUCGCCCCGUCAAUGAUCUGCUUCAAGACAUCCAGAAUUAUUACAGCAACCAAAAUCAAAGUUAGUAGAAAUCUACAGCUUCCGUAGAGCAAGAUGGCUGAUGGACUUAAUUUUCGCAA